AUGCCGACGUCCUCACCGACGCAGCGCCUCAUCGAGGCGGCGCCGCAUCGCGCUGAGGAUGUAGCGGCGUACAUGGACCAACUUUUCCGAUCGUUUGAUGCAUCUUGGAUCGUAGAAGCGCAUAUACCCGACGAAGUCGCCCAGCUUCGUUUCGCUGUCCAAGUAAUAGACGCCCUCUUCACGCGCCCAGUCACACAACCAAUCCCACCAUUGCACCCAAAGCAGGAGCCUGAUGCCAUGACAGCCAGCAUUCUGAAUGUUCUUUGCAUGCGCAUUCCACAAGCAUCGCCUCCUGCACUGCUCAUGUCGUACGCGCUACUUCGCGCCUUGGGUCAGCGCCAGCUACAAGUGUACCGCUGGUUCGUGUGGGAUCACCACACAUGGCGUCUUCCCGGUCUUUUUCACAAGCUGGUGCACAAUGUGUGGGCCGGGUACUACGCAGCACAGGCCACUGCCACGCUGGCGGACGAUGCACGCACCGCCUAUGCGCCAGCCCUGCCUGUGCCGGAGACCCCGGGGCUUGUAAGCACGGCAUCGCUGCUUACAGUCACCACAGAUCACCAUAUAUGGCUCGCUGUAGAGUGCCAUGCGCUGUCGAUUAUGUACAAUAUCUUGGGGAUUGCGCAUCUCCCCAUGACGGAGCUGCGGGCCAUUUCCUCGCACUUUGUCGAACAUUUGUUUGCCGUGAUGGAACAGACCGACAGUGAAUGGACGGAAACGUACAUCACUCGCAUUAUGCAUGUGCUUCUUGCGUUGUAUGAGCAAAGCCUGCUACAUCCGGCGCUGCCAUCGACUCGAAGCGCCAUGCAUCAAUGCAUGCAAUCCAGUAAAGUGUUUGGCGAAAACUUGGUGUAUCUGCUAAAUCGUACCCCCAGCACCACCUUGGAAGGCGGUCGGCUACAUUUCCUUAUUCUCAAACUGCUAGCAUCAUUCUUUGCGCUCCCUGAGACGGCGUCCUACUUUUAUACCAACGACCUUCGCGUGUUGGUCGACAUUUUUAUCCGGCAGGUAAGUGACCUGCCCGAGUCGUGGGAACUGCUUCGGCAAUCGUAUCUAUGUGUCUUUCACGAACUUUUGACACAGACCCAACUGUGCACAGAAGCCUAUAAACGCGAUCAGGUUCGCAUGUUGCUGCAAAUGAUCGUGAAAAGUGCACAGUACCAUGACGUGAGCCAAUUGACCAUGACACUCGCUGAGCACUGUUUGAGCUGUGAGUGGCUUGUAGGGUUCUCCCAUGGACAUACUGUGGUGGAAACCAUCCAAGGAGAUGCUGUGCAAGAUGCACCGCUGACGAAGGAGCGUGUAGAUGGCGAAGCACAUUACGUGGCAGAGCCAUGUGACGAGACCAUUCGGCAGGUAUUGGUUCUGAGCUCAGUGCAAUCCGCCACUGCCUCACUGGUAUGCCUAAAUCAUAUGUACCAGGACCAAAUGGAGGCCGUUUUAUGGCCUGAACAGGACCCCAACCUUCAUUCAGACGCUGUGAAUGAUGGCCUAAGUGAGGCCUUGGAUCUUGUAUCGCUCGAGUCCUUCUCCCGCCGAAGCAGCAGCGAAUCCAUACGCAGCACAGAAGGACGUCGACGACCUCCACCGCCUCCUCUACCACGACGCUCUCUACGUCCGAACGAUGCCGUAUCGCGUGCAGCCUCUGCCUCCAUGCCAGAUCUUACACAGCAGAGCAGUGCUCAUUCUUCACCGACAAGCUCUCCUAGAGCUGCCACGCCCGCACGUCGACGGCCUGCCCCUGAUAUUCCUCGCGAACGUGCUCACUCACUUGAAAGUUCACCUGUACAAGCUACGACGCCGCUUCCUCAAGUCACUGUAACACCAGCAAAUCAAAGCCGACCCUUACGAUACUACUUCCGCAAGCACUUUGGCGCCUCAACACCAACCGAUCCACCCGAGCCGCAUCGCCUAUCACAUUGGUAUACACGGUAUCGUGCCUCACGAACCUCUUCGCCUGGAGUGCCGGAAGACGACGACACCCCUGCACGGACCACAACCCCGACAGCACGUCGCCGUGCGCCGCCGCCGCCGCCUGGCCCCCCCAAGACUGGUCCCUUGUAG